CAAAAUUAUUAUCAAUCAUAAAAUGAAGGGAGGAAGAUAUUCAAAGGAAGGAAGUAAAGCAGGGUUGGUGGGAAUAGAAAAAAAGAACGAGAGUUUAAGAGAGGAAGAUCCUCCUCUCUCUGGUGCAUAUAUUCGGAGCCUCGUGAAGCUGCAGCUGACUUCUUCCUCCUCAUCGGGAGAUGGUUUUACAGAAGUAUUGGCGGCGACACCGCCGCCGCCACAACGCAAAAAACAAGCCCGGAGAAGACUCCAUACCACCAGACCGUAUCAAGAAAGGCUUCUAAACAUGGCGGAGGCGAGGCGGGAAAUAGUGACCGCCCUUAAGUUCCACAGAGCAGCCAUGAAACAGAAGCAGCAACAAGAGGAACAACCUGCAGAGAGGCGGCCAUUGGAGGGAAGCUGCAGCUUUCCUGCAGCUCCUCAUCGAGCGCCGCCGCCACCAUUUGAGCUGCAGCAAGAACCGAUGAUGAAGUUCGAUUCAAGAAGCGGGGCUAUCUGUCCACCCUUCUCCUCCUCCUCCUCCUCGUCCUUGUCCCCGCCAUCUCAUCAUCAUCAUCAUCAUCCAAUGGGUUACUAUUACUCUGUUUCUCCGCCCCUGCCACCGCCGGUCCAAGAAAACCUCACCAUCAAUAUUGCAAACCAGCAGCAGCUACCCUUGGGGUUGAAUCUGAAUUUCCAAGAUUUUGACAAUUUGGAGGCUAGCCCUUAUUAUUUGAGCCCAUCAAUUGCGGAUGAUCGGUCUGCGUCUUCGUCGAGCCUUCCUCCCUCGGCGGGGGAUAUGCAUCAUCCCGCGCUGGAUGAAAAGGAAAUAUCAGAGAUAAAGUCAACAGGGGAGAAACAGCAGAUGGAAUGGAAUGAAAACUUGAAUUUGGCCACUUCAUCUCUGUGGUUAGAGUUCUUGAAAACCGUGGAAAUUGGGUCCCCUGGGGAAGGCGAGAAGAAGAAGGAGACGAGGAAUGGUGAUGAUGAGGAUUACUACUCUUAUGGCGAUAAUAAUGGAUGCUGCAGCUAUCCAUUAUUUCACGAAGCGGUGGACUUCCCGGCCACUGCUGCGGCGUGGUUCAAUGAUAGCUGUUUGGGAGAACCCAACUUGAACGAGGAGAUUAAUCAUUGUCAUCACGAUGAUAAAUGCUUCCAAAAUCCUGCCUUGCCAUGUAUUGAAGAUAUUGAAGAGAAUGACGUGGAGUGGCUAGCCGGAGAAGAAUAAGAAUGCUUGGUUUUCAAGCUCCAAAUUUUGUAAUCGAAUCAAUGAAUCCUUGUUUUGCAAUUUAUGUGUUGUGCCCAUUUGUUGUUUUAUGCCUUCAAGGAAUAAGGGCUUUGUAGAACGUGAGAGGUUGAUUGUAAGUAGAUGAGAUCGAGAAGAGUAAUAAUACCGACCGGUAGGCCAUGAGAAAAGGUGUUGUGAGAUUUAUACUCAUUUAUUUAAAGUUGAAGUAAUAACGCUUAAAACUGGUUUUGAAAGACGGUACUGCGGAAUGCGGCCAAACAACACCAUUUUUUUGCUGAGAACAGCAAAUGCAGAAAAUUAUUAGUGUGCUACUUCAUCUUUCUAUUUUGUGAAUAAAAGAUUGCCAAUAAGUGAUAUUAGGGUUUAGAGAAGGUCGACACAAGCGUUGUGCAAGUUCAACUAAGUUUUGGUGGUUGGCAGCCCUUCAUGUACGGUAAAUUACAUCAUACAGUCGGCUGUACCGUGCGCACAACGCAGGGUACAACCGAGGCUUUUUAGGCGUUAUCCGCUUCUUCCCUUCGCACCAGACGUUCGCAUAGGACAUCGCAGGCGUUUUUGCACAGGAUUUCGCACAGGACUUCGCAUCUCGCUUCUUCAAUCUCGUUGGACUUCUACGAUCUGAUUUCGCACCAGCAGCUCUUCAUCAAAUGUACUACGUACACUCCUGAAAUUCUGUUUUAG